ACCUCAGCCAAUCAGGAGCCAGGAGACAUAAAGGAGAGGAGAGCAGAACGCGGUUAGCGCCAGACAAAGACAGGACGCCACGGGGUGAGGGAAUUCGCCGCCGCUGCUCCUUUUAAGCCUCCAUUACCCUUCUUGCGAGCUCCUGGGCCUGGCAACCAAGGAGGAACAUCUCUCAAAACAGUUCAACCAAAACCGCUAGUCUGGAUCCCUCAAACAAAAUGCCGGCUCCAGCCUCUGCCAGAGACAACAGUCCUGGCCCGAGUCGGCUCAAGAGCUUCAAAAAUGCUGGCAAGGACAUGGAGGAAAUGCGUCGGAGGCGGCAGGAGACAAGUAUAGAACUGCGGAAAGCCAAGAAAGAUGACCAGCUGCUUAAAAGAAGAAAUGUCACCCUUGAUGACCCAGGUUCACCCCUCCAGGAGCAGAAUUCCACAGGCCCCACACUGUGUGUGGAAGAAAUUAUCAACGGCAUCCUGAGUAACGACAGCAGCACCCAGCUGGUGGCCACACAAGCUGCACGCAAGAUGCUCUCCAGAGAGCGCAGCCCACCCAUAGAUGCCAUCCUGGAUGCCGGCCUGGUGCACCCCCUUGUACGCUUCUUGGAGAGGGCAGACAACCCAGCCUUACAGUUUGAAGCAGCUUGGGCGCUCACCAACAUAGCUUCUGGUACCUCCCUGCAGACCCAAGCAGUUGCAGCCUCGGGUGCUGUCGUGUCAUUCGUCAAGCUGCUCCGCUCACCGCACACCAACGUGGCAGAGCAAGCCGUGUGGGCGCUGGGAAACAUUGCUGGCGAUGGUCCCAAACUCAGAGACUUCGUCAUUAAGGCUGGCAUUGUACAACCUCUUCUUGAACUCAUUAGACCAGACACAGAGCAUUCCUUCCUGCGAAAUGUGACCUGGACGCUUAGUAACCUGUGUAGGAAUAAGAACCCAUCCCCGGCGUUUGAAGUGGUGAAGCAGUGCCUCCCUGCCCUGAGCCACCUCAUCUGCCACCCAGACAAGGAGGUGCAGGCUGAUGCUUGCUGGGCCUUGUCCUACCUGACUGACGGGACCAAUGAGAAGAUUCAGGAGGUGGUAGAUGCUGGUGUUGUGCCACGGUUGGUGGAGCUGCUCAACUGUGAUGACCUGCAAGUUGUAACACCAGCACUCAGGGCCAUUGGCAACAUUGUUACUGGCAACGACACCCAGACGGACGUGGUGAUCAAGGCCGGCACGCUGCCAGUGUUCCCCAAGCUCCUGAGGCAUUCGCGAAACAACAUCGUCAAGGAGGCGGCCUGGACCAUUUCCAACAUUACAGCAGGAAACGUGGAGCAGAUUCAGUCUGUGAUAGACUGUGGGCUCAUUGGGCCCAUCUGUGAGGUGCUGGAUAAGGGAGAAUUCAAGGCUCAGAAAGAGGCAGCCUGGGUGGUGACCAACUUCACAUCCGGAGGAUCAAUGGAGCAGAUCAUUGAGCUGGUGAGCCAGGGUGUGCUGCAGCCCUUCUGUAACCUGCUCAAAACCAAGGAGGUGAAAACGGUUCUGGUGGUGCUUGAUGGCCUUACAAACAUCCUACAGACUGCCGAGAAGAUCAACGAGGUGGACCGCCUGGGCCAGAUGAUUGAGGAGUGCGGUGGACUGGACAAGAUUGAAGAGCUACAGCACCACGAGAACGAGACUGUGUACAAAAAGGCCCUGGAUAUCAUCGAGAAAUAUUUUGGCGAGGAGGAGGGCCCCGAGGUGAGCAGCACCACCAACGGCCAGGCGUACGACUUCUCUGCAGUGAACAACAUGCCUGAGGGUGGAUUCUCUUUCUAGAAUGUCAGUGUGUGUGUCUGGCAAGGGAGGAGCAGCAGCAGGCAGGGUGUGUGUAUUCCACAGCGGAAUAAUGUGAUAAUGUAUCUAACCGUCAAUCUCAUUUGUCUAAGUGGCCUCUGGAGCAUGUUUUUAUUGGGCAUUUAGUGGACCCGCUGGUGCCGCUGUGUAUGUUUCAAAAUUAUUUGCUUGAUAGGCUGAAGCUUGAGGAAUUAUGUGGAUUACUUUUUUAUAUUAGGUAAUGGCUUUUUUACCUCUUUCUAUUCAUCCAAUAAAUGUAUUUUUAUAAGCUGCCUAAUGCAUUUGACUCAAAUGCUAUUUUAUUAAGUAAGGGACCAAAUAAAUUUGUGCCAGAUGAUUAGAAAUUUGAUCAUCUAGCACAAUAUAUCCUUCUCCACCUGUCAAACAUAUUUUCCUAUAUCAAUAAAGUUGAAAUAAGUCGUCUUGGUCCAAAUUACCCUAAAAAUACGUAUUUUAUAAAGUUUCUCUAUACCUUAUAUAGGACAAGGUAUUUUUUCAUGUUAGGCUAAGGGCACUUUAGUAAUUGUGGAUGACCAAGUAUACAUAGUAUAGUAUUGAGGGUUGGGUUCACCCCCUUGUAAGUUUUCACUCACACAUGUAGAGAUGCCCAAGCAGGUCUGAACACUUAUGAUUGCCUUGUGUAAUCUGCCACAACACUGAGGUGUCCUGCUUUCCAGAUUGAAACUGGUUACACAGACAUCACUGUUACAAUUUUAAAUAAUCUUAGGCAGCCUGUAGUUUUUUACUUUCUCACACUAGCACAUUAAUCUGUAGUGCAAACUGCAUUAAACUAACGCUGCACCUGUGAUUGUACAGUCCAUUAACAGUUUGAACCGUGAGGUUAAUGUACAUUACCCAAAGGCAAAACACCACUGCCCAGUGGUUGGAAUACUGCUGGGAACCCUGUUACUGUAAGGAAUUUGUGCUGUCAUUGUUUGGCACUAGGCUAUGUAUUGAUGUUGCCACAUCUCUGGUUGACUUGAGUCAACUUGAGAUCCUCUCCUCCCUUGACCUUGCCACACUGCUCAGUGCUUGGGAUUAACAAGUCUGCCCCAGACAACCGUCUUGUUUUCUAGUACUUUUCCAUCCCUUCAAUCAUCCACAUCAUACACUCCCAUUCAUUUCACAAGCACUCCUUUUGAUAAACAUCCAUCUGGUCGUCCUGUAACACAUCCUGUCACUCAUUCAUCCAUUGUAACCCAUAACUUCCACGCUCCACCUGUUCACAAUUAUUGUGUCUUCCCUUCACUCUUAUUAUCAUCCCUUCUUCCACCCCCUGUGCUUCCCUCAGUGCUUUACUGACCAUCACACUGUACAGAACUAUUAAUGUGAUGUGUGAAACUGAGAAUAUAAAGUAAUCAUGUACAUAAAAGUGUAUUGCACUAAAAAUGGAUCAUCACAAAAACUAGUGGUACAAACCUCAAAAUAAUUUCCUUUGUGUAAAAUAUCCAGUAAAAACAAAGUCAAGAUAACUUCAUGGUCAUUGGAGGUCACGGCUCAAUAAAUAUGGGCCUGUU